AUGUCUGAUUUUCAUAAAGUUCAUGCUGCAAUUAAAAGAGCAUAUUCUUUAGUAAAUUUUAGUAUUUACAAUAAUAUACACAAAGAAUAUGAAUUUAAAAAACAAACAAUUCUUGCUGAUGAAUCGCUUACAGAAAAUGAAAAAUCUGAAGCAAUAAAUAUUCUAACUAUAUCCUAUGAUGGGGAUAAACUUAUUAUUAAUGAAGGAACAAAAAGAAUUUGUGAAAAUUGUAAUAAAGAAUGUUUAGCUACAUCAUUUUGUGAGCAUUGUGUUCGGAAUUAUUUAAAAGCAAAAUUUUCAAACUGGACAUCUGGAAAUGAUAAUAUUGAUAAUUUGUUACAAGAAUGUCAGAUGAAAGCAAUAAGCCCAGAUCAAAUACCAGAAUGGAUUCCAUAUAAUAAUUUUCGAAAUAUUAAAUAUCUAACAAAAGGGGGAUUCUCUAAAAUUUAUACAGCUAAAUGGAUUAAUGGAUGGUAUAAUGAAUGGGAUACUAAAGAGCAACGAUUAAAAAGAUAUGGAGAAUAUUUAAUAAUACUUAAAAAAUUAGAAAAUGUUGAAAAUGCAAAUCGAAAUUGGUUUGAAGAGGUUUGUAAUCUAGAAAUAUUUUAG